AGACGCGGCCGGGAUGCGGCCGCUGCUGCGGGGGUCGCUGGGCGCGCCGGGGGCUCCGCGGGCGGGAGGCGGGCCGGGGGCGGCCGCCGCGGCGCCGGCGCUCUCCUAGCUCCCAGCCCUGCCUGCGGGGCCGGCGUCCCUGUGGCCUAACCGCCCGCGUCCCUCCCCUCUACCCUUUGUGCCGCCGCCGCCGCCCGGAGAUCCCGGCCCCGCAGGACCCCGCCGGGCCCGGUCGCCGCGGCGCCUCGGCCCGCCGUGGGCGCCGGGGCAGCGGCCGAUGGCGGAGGGGCGCGGCGCGGGCGGGGCCGCCGCAGCCGGAGUCCGCGCCGCGGGAGCCCGGGCCCGCCGCCGCCGCCGCCGCCGCAUUGUCCCGGGCCCCGCGCCGCGGCCCUGAGCGCCGCCGCCGCCGCGCCCGCCCGCCCGCCGCCCCCUCGGGCAUGCGGAGGGCCGCCGGCAUGGAGGACUUCUCCGCCGAGGACGAGGAGCCCUGGUACGACCAGCAGGACCUGGAGCAGGACUUGCACUUGGCCGCUGAGCUGGGGAAGACGCUGCUGGAGAGGAACAAGGAGCUGGAGGCGUCCCUGCAGCACAUGUACGCCACCAACGAGGAGCAGGUGCAGGAGAUCGAGUACCUGACCAAACAGCUGGACACGCUGCGGCAGGUGAACGAGCAGCACGCCAAAGUGUACGAGCAGCUGGACCUGACGGCCCGCGACCUGGAGCUGACCAACCAGAAGCUGGUGCUGGAGAGCAAGGCUGCGCAGCAGAAAAUCCACGGGCUGACGGAGACCAUCGAGCGCCUGCAGGCCCAGGUGGAGGAGCUGCAGGCCCAGGUGGAGCAGCUUCGGGGCCUGGAGCAGCUGAGAGUGCGCCGGGAGAAGCGGGAGCGCAGGCGCACCAUCCACACCUUCCCCUGCCUCAAGGAGCUGUGCACCAGCAGCCCCGGGUGCGAGGAUGAUGCCUUCCGCCUGCACAGCUCCUCCCUGGAGCUGGGCCCCCGGCCACUGGAGCAGGAGAACGAGAACCUGCAGACGCUGGUGGGGGUGCUGCGCUCCCAGGUGAGCCAGGAGCGGCAGCGCAAGGAGCGGGCGGAGCGCGAGUUCGCCUCGGUGCUGCAGGAGUGCGCGGAGCUGGAGCAGCAGCUGGGCGAGAUGGAGGGCUGCCGGCUGCGCGUGCAGGAGCUGGAGGCCGAGCUGCUGGAGCUGCAGCAGAUGAAGCAGGCCAAGACCUACCUGCUGGGCCGGGAGGACCACCUGGCCGAGGCCCUGCUGGCGCCCCUCACCCAGGCCCCCGAGGCCGACGACCCCCAGCCGGGCAGCGGGCACGAAUUCGGGGCCCGGGACGGCGGCUCCUCCCCGGCCACCUCCCCCAGCCACGCCGUGCGCAAGAGCUGCAGCGACACGGCGCUCAACGCCAUCGUGGCCAAGGACGCUGCCAGCCGGCACGCGGGCAACCUCACGCUGCACGCCAACAGCGUGCGCAGGCGGGGCAUGUCCAUCCUGCGCGAGGUGGACGAGCAGUACCACGCGCUGCUGGAGAAGUACGAGGAGCUGCUCGGCAAGUGCCGGCAGCACCGCGCCGGCGUGCGGCACACGGGCGUGCAGACCUCGCGGCCCAUCUCCCGGGACAGCUCGUGGAGGGACCUGGGGGGCAGCGAGGAGGGCCAGGGCGAGGCCCGGGCGGGCGAGAAGAGCCUGAGCCAGCACGUGGAGGCCGUGGACAAGCGGCUGGAGCAGAGCCAGCCCGAGUACAAGGCGCUCUUCAAGGAGAUCUUCUUCAGGAUCCAGAAGACCAAGGCCGACAUCAACGCCACCAAGGUCAAGACCCACAGCAGCAAGUGACCUGUGCCUCCCCCAGCCGGGCCCGGGCCCCGAGCCUGGGCCGCUGCCGCUGGGGAGUGAGGGAGCCUUUGGCAGCAGUAAGGCCCAUGGAGGCCGCUCCGGGGAGCUGGUGGGCACAGUGCCCCCUGCAGGUGUGGGGGCGAGCCACACGUCAACAUGCCUGGCCUCAGAACCCUCCCCAUCCUGUGCCAGCCCGAGGCACAGCGAAGAGUUCAAAGCCAAACGUCCCCCUUCCCUGGGGAUUCCCAGCCCUCCGCUUUCUGACCUGAGAUUUGUGGCCAGGCUUCGAAAAGCCAUCUGGACCAGUUGUUGUUUUGUUUUGUUUUGCCCCAAAGUUUGGGAUUUUGUUGAGAGAUUUGCAAUGUAAGGUCCCCCUGACCCCUUGCCACAACUGGAAACACUUGAAGGGGGACCCCAGGGCCAGCAGUGGCCAGUUCCCGGGGUCUCCGUGACCACCCACUGCUUCUCCCCAGCUGUGACACUGUCAUUCCCUUUGCACCAGCUGUCCCACCCCCAGGGCCCUGCCCAGGUCAGAGAUGGCCCUGCAUGCAGAGCAGAGCGCCUCAGCCUGGCCUGGAGUGCCCCUGCCCCUCCCCACACGCUUGCACCCCCACUCCCACCCCACCCCUACCGUAGUGAGGUGGCCUUCUCCCCGGAGACCCUCUGCCCACUGCAGACCUGUAGCCAUUCAGAGAAGGGGAGCAGGACUCCUCGCAGCCAUACACAGUGGUGCACCGUUCCCCCAGAUCCACCUCCUUGGGUUCCAGUUCUGGAAAUGCCUUCUGGGCAUUGAGCCUUCCAGGGUCUGGGCGGUGGGGCGUCCCCAUCUCUGCACCCCACCUGCAACUCAAGUUUGGCCUCUGCCUAACCCCACCUCAGGGACCAUCACGUGUCUCAUUCACUCCCAUGCUCCCCCUAGCUGACCCCACAGCAAACCUGCUGCCCCCACAAAGUCCUGGGCAUGCGAAACAAGCCAGGGUCCCAGCAUCCACCCGCCCCCUUUGCUGGGUGGCCUGAGACUCGCCCCCACUGAACGGUUCUGAAACACCCCCCCGGAGGGAGGACAUGUCUCCGUCCCAUAAAAGCCUGCUCUUAGCCUCCUGCCCCUUCGGGGGCCUUGAGGACCCGGGGUCAGGGCUUACUCUGGUUAAGGCUUUAGAAAGUCCAGCUGCAACUAAGGGAUGCCAAGGCCCCAGCCCUGAGCCUCUCAGGGCUUCCGUCUCUGCCGCCCGUCCCGAGGCCCAGAACUCGGAGGAGCAGAUGGCCCGGUGAAGGCCGGCGGGAACCUUCAUGCCUUACUUGUUUCUAAGGGGACAGGGGUCUCCAGCACCCGCUCCCCCCGGGCCACCUGCUUUUGGGGCGGCACUGUGCUGAGCUGGGCCGGUCCUCCGUCGCACACCUCGGAGCCCUCUGUCCUCUGGGGCUGGGCAGCUCCCGGCCCCACGUGUCGGUCAUCCAGGGGGUUGGGGGGGUGCGUCGGGGUGGGGGAAGGGCUCCUGCCUGUUUGGUCCCCAGUUCUGUAGCAGCCCACCAGCAUCACCUUUGAAGUAUACAUGAGAGAAAUAUAUUUGCAAAUGCUUUAUUCUCUUCUUUAAUAAAAAAUGCACCAGUAUUCUAAAGCAGAAAA